AUGCGAAAGUUGGAGUGGGACGACAUGGGAGUGAAGGUUGAUGGUCGGCAGCUACACCAUUUGCGCUUUGCUGAUGACAUCGUACUGAAAACACCUAGCAUCAGCCAAGCUGAACGAAUGCUGACCGAAAUCGACGAAGCAUGUGGAUGCAUCGGUCUUCAGUUGAAUCUACAAAAGACGAUGUUCAUGCAGAACGGAUGGAUCUCGGAUGCCCCAUUCACGCUCAACGGAACGAACAUAUCCGACUACACCAGUUACGUUUAUCUGGGUCGGGAAUUGAACAUGAUGAACGACCUGACCCCCGAGCUGGGCAGGAGCAGACGAGCGGCUUGGGGAGCGUACAAGAGCAUCGAGGAUGUAGUGAAGAAGAUCAGGAACACCCGGCUCCGUGCUCACCUCUUCAACACCACCGUACUUCCUGCUUUGACCUAUGCUUCGGAAACCUGGGCAUUCUGCAAGCAGGAAGAAAACGCGGUGAGCGCCAUUGAACGCGCAAUUGAGAGAGUGAUGCUAGGAGUAUCCCGUUUCAUGCAAGUGAGGGACGGGAUUCGAAGUUCUCUCCUACGUCAGCGAUCGAAGAUUAGAGACGCCGCCGUGUUUGCCAAGGAAAGUGAAAUAAGGUGGGCCGGACACGUGAUGCGCUUUAAUGACAACCGUUGGAACAGAGCCGUGAGCGACUGGGUUCCCCGCGAUAUUAAGCGCACUACAGAAAGACCGCCGACCCGAUGGUCAGAUUUCUUCACGAAGUCCUUUAUAGAAACUUAUGAUGACCUUCGUGUCCCACGCGAAAGGAGGAACCACUGGGCUACUCUGGCACGUGAUCGGGACAAAUGGAAGAAUUAUUGGCGCCCGCUCGACCAGUUCGAAGAUCAACGGGAGUCAAGGUGA